UCUGUUUCUAUUUCUCAAACUCAAACAACCUGCGAAGCUUGCAGCAGCAAAUGGUAGUUGCUUCAUGGCACACUCCAUGACACAAAAGCCCUACUGAGUAGCCUGAUCCUCAGUCCUCACAGUACCCGAAAGCCAUUGAAGGUUUCCAAUUUGUUCAAGGUGCCAUAAAUAUUAAGCCUAGGAGAAGUCCUAAUGGCUCAGUUCUCUAACCAGGACACUGAUAUAAGGAGUACAUCUCAAUUAAGUUGGUGGUAUGUGGUUAAAUCUUACGAAGAACUUAGAAAGGGGGUUCACAAGGUGAAAACCUCAUAUGAGACUUUCAGUUGUCCAUUCUGCCCUGGGAGAAAACAGGAUUAUAAGUAUGUGGAACUCCUUAAUCAUGCUUCUGGGGUGGGUCGGAGUAGUUCAGACAAGAGAAGUGCUGAAGAGAAGGGUAAUCAUCUAGCUUUAGUGAAAUAUAUGGAGAAGGACCUUAUGAGUAUGGGUGGCCCAUCAAAACCUGUAGAUAAAGGCACAACAUCUGUAAUGGCUCACUUCUUUAACGAGGAUACUGACGCAAAUGCAUCUCAAAUAAGUUGGUGGUAUGUAGAUGCAUCUUACGAAGAGCUCAAAAAUGGAAGUCGAAAUGUGAAAACAUCAGAUGAGACUUUAACCUGUCCGUACUGCCCUAAGAGGAAGCAGGACUAUAUGUACAGGGAACUCCUAGAACAUGCUUAUAUGGUGGGACGGAGUAGUUCCGAAAAGAGAAGUGCUAGAGAGAGGGCUAAUCAUCUGGCUUUAGUGAAGUAUUUGGAAAAGGAUCUCAUGAGUAUGGAUGGGCCUUCAAAAGUUGUUGAUAAAGGUACCAAACUAAUAAGCCCAGAACAAUCUUCUAUGGCUUACUGCUCUAAGAAGGAUACUAAUAUUAGUGCAUCUCAAAUACAUUGGUCGUAUGUGGAUAUAUUUUAUAAAGAACUCAAGAAGGGAAGUUGCAAUGUCAGAACCUCAGAUGAGACUUUCAUAUGCCCAUACUGCCCUAAAAAGAUAAAUCGGGAUUAUGUGUACAGAGAACUCCUUGAACAUGCUUCCGGGGUGGGUCAAAGUAGUUCAGAAAAGAGAAGUGUCAAAGAGAGAGCAACUCAUCUAGCUUUAGUGAAAUAUUUGAAGAUGGAUCUUAUGAAUGUGGAUGGUCAAUCAGAACCUUCAAAUGAAGGAACCGAAAUGUUAAGCCCAGAAGAAACUGCGAUGGCUAGCUGCUCUGACAAAUAUACUGAUAUAAGCUCAUCUCAAACAAGUGCGGGGUACGUCAACCAAUCAUAUGAGCAACUAAAAAAUGGGAGUCACAAUGUGAAAACCUCAGACGAGACUUUCGCAUGCCCUUACUGCCCUAAUAAAAAGAGAAAACGGGAUUAUGUGUUACGGGAAAUCCUUGAACAUGCAUAUGGGGUGGGUCGGAGUGACUCACCAAAUAGAAGUGCCAUUGAAAAGGCCAAUCAUCUGGCUUUAGUGAAAUAUUUGAAAAAUGAUCUUAUGAAUGGGGGCGGUCCAUCAAAACCUAUGAAUGAAGGCACCACAAUAUUGAACCCUGGAGAAACUGUAAUGAGUCAGAACUCUCACAAUGACACUAAUAAAAGGGAAUCUCAAAUAAGCUUGUUGUAUAUAGAUCGAUCCUAUGAAGAACUCAAAAAGGGAAGUUACAAGGUGAAAGUCUCGGAAGAUACUUUCAUGUGUCCGUACUGCCCUAAUAGAAAACAGGAUUAUGUGUACAGGGAAAUCCUUGCACAUGCUUCUGGGGUGGGUCAGAGUAGCAAACAAAAGAGAAGUGUCGUGGAAAAGGCCAAUCAUCUUGCUUUAAUGAAGUAUUUGGAAAAUGAUCUUAUGAAUGUGGACCAUCCAUCAAAACCUGCAAAUGUAGGUCGUCCUCCUGUCUAUUCAGAUAAGCAUUUAGUGUGGCCAUGGACUGGGAUUGUGGUUAAUGUCCCUACUAGACAGACAGAAGAUGGACAUUUUUCUGGGGAAAGUGGUUCCAAGCUAAGGGACGAAUUCCGAUGCAGGGGUUUUAAUCCACGUAGAGUCCGCACUCUUUGGGAUUCCUGGGGCCACUCUGGAGGUGCAAUCGUGGAAUUCAAUAAAAAUUGGUCGGGCUUAGAUAAUGCAUUGGCAUUUGAAAGAGCAUACGAAUCAGAUCAUCAUGGGAAAAAUGACUGGUUUGCUAAUACCACGCAGAAGUCUGGUCUUUAUGCAUGGAUUGCUCGAGCUGAUGACUACUAUAUGAACAAUAUAAUUGGGGAACAACUGCAGAAGAUGGGGGAUGUCAUAACAAUACCUGAACUUAUGGAAGAAGAAGCUCGAAGGCAUGCUAAAUUUGUAUCCAGUUUGACUAACACUCUUCAGGUCAAGAACAAGAAAUUAAAGGAGAUGGAUGUAGUAUGCAGUGAAAUUACAGUUCGCAUAGAUACUGUAACCGGUGAAAUAGACAAGCUCACUCAGACUCACAGUCAAGAGAUGAAGAAAAUACAGUCAAGUGCAAUUCAACAUGUUCAGAGUGUUUUAAAUGGUCAUGAAAGGCUUAAGUUGCAACUGGAAUAUCAGAAAAGAGAACUUGAGUUUCGAAGAAUCGAACUGCAAAAACGUGAGACACAUAAUGAAAGUGAAAGAAAAAAGUUGGAAGAAGAUAUUAUGGAGACUGCAAUGAGAAAUAGCUCUCUUGAUAUGGCUGUUCUGGUGCAACAGAAAGCCGGUGAAAAUGUUUUAAAACUGGCUGCAGAUCAAAAGCGGCAAAAAGAACAAUUCCAUGCUAAAAUCAUCCAGCUUGAAAAACAACUGGUUGUGAAACAAAAACUUGAAUUGGAGAUUCAACAGCUAAAAGGAAAAUUAAAUGUCAUGAAGCACAUGGAAGGUGACGGGGACUCUGAAGUUCUGAAUAUGAUGGAUGCCUUACAUGAAGAUUUAAGAGAAAAGGAACUGUCACUCCGAGAGUUGGAUGCAUUGAACCAAACACUGAUCAUUAAAGAGCGUAAAAGCAAUGAUGAGCUACAGGAAGCUCGAAGAGAAUUGAUAAAGGUCAUUAAAGAGAUACCUACUCGUGACAAUAUUGGUGUCAAGAGAAUGGGUGAACUUGACACUAGACCGUUCGUAGAAGCUAUGAAGAUGAAAUAUAAUGAGGCAGACGCAGAAGAUAGGGCAUCAGAACUGUGUUCAUUAUGGGAAGAGUAUCUGAAGGAUCCUGACUGGCAUCCAUUUAAAAUUUCCAUGAUUGAAGGGAAACAUCAGGAAAUCAUUGAUGAUGAAGAUGAAAAGUUGAGAGGACUGAAAAACGAAAUGGGCGAAGGAGUCUACGAAGCGGUUGUGACAGCUUUGAGAGAGAUAAAUGAAUAUAAUCCAAGCGGGCGGUAUAUAACCUCAGAAUUAUGGAAUUAUAAAGAGGGAAGGAGAGCAACUUCGAAAGAAGGAGUUCAAGUGUUAUUGAAGCAGUGGAAACUAUAUAAACAAAAAACAGGAAUGUUAUGAAAGCCUGGGAUGAAUGUGUUGCUUUCCCCAGAGGAAAUUGUGCUGUGGAGUCAAAUAUGGAACCAGUCAGAAAAUCUUAUUUGCUCAGGAAUUGACAAUGAUAUAGGUGCAAGCCUCAACCUGCAACAUAAAUCACUCAUGGCUGAAUUCUCCACUCUUCAAAAUCAAAACCAACAUACAUUAGAAGUUCUUAAUGGGCUUGAAAAGUUAAUGCUGCUUUAAUCCAACUAGCUGUGAGUCCCUCAUUGUCAUCGUAUUGUAUUUGUAUAUCUCUCUUUAAGUUAAAUUUAGAUCUUGGAUUAAAAAACAACACCGAUACACAUGCAAUUUUGCAGGUUGAGAUUGCAGGGUGCCACUGAAGAGCACCCUAAUACUCAUUCAUAUCUGAUUCCUUUCCA